CGUACCUGUGGAUGUUCAGUUCCCAGGGCUUGAAAAUAAAAUUGAAUGAUUAGAAGACAGCCAGCAGAGGAACGUUUGAGAUUCCAAGUCUAUGAAGGCCUACAUUUGGAGCAAGGUACCCUUGGUGCUUGGGAAGCAACAGAAUCAAAAUUGUGAGUGAAUUUUGGAUGAAGUUAUCUAACUAACUUGUCGUCAUGAGCAGAAGCAAGCGUGACAGCAAUUUCUACAGUGUAGAGAUUGGAGAUUCUACUUUCACUGUACUGAAACGAUAUCAGAAUUUAAAACCUAUAGGAUCAGGGGCACAAGGAAUAGUGUGUGCAGCCUAUGAUGCCAUCCUGGAACGAAAUGUUGCAAUCAAGAAGCUAAGCCGGCCAUUUCAGAAUCAAACCCAUGCUAAACGAGCCUACAGAGAGCUGGUUCUCAUGAAGUGUGUAAAUCACAAAAAUAUAAUUGGUCUGCUAAAUGUGUUCACACCACAGAAAUCCCUGGAAGAAUUUCAAGAUGUUUACAUAGUGAUGGAGCUCAUGGAUGCAAAUCUCUGCCAGGUGAUUCAGAUGGAGCUAGACCAUGAACGAAUGUCGUACCUUCUUUAUCAAAUGCUGUGCGGUAUCAAGCAUCUUCACUCUGCUGGAAUUAUUCAUAGGGAUUUAAAGCCCAGUAAUAUAGUAGUAAAAUCAGACUGCACUUUGAAGAUUCUUGACUUUGGACUGGCCAGAACUGCAGGAACUAGUUUUAUGAUGACGCCUUAUGUAGUGACUCGUUACUACAGAGCACCUGAGGUCAUCCUAGGGAUGGGAUACAAAGAAAACGUUGACAUUUGGUCAGUUGGGUGCAUCAUGGGAGAAAUGAUCAAAGGUGGUGUUUUAUUUCCUGGUACAGAUCAUAUUGAUCAAUGGAAUAAAGUUAUUGAGCAGCUAGGAACACCGUGCCCUGAAUUCAUGAAGAAAUUGCAGCCAACAGUGCGGACUUAUGUGGAGAACAGACCUAAAUAUGCUGGAUAUAGUUUUGAGAAACUCUUUCCAGAUGUGCUUUUCCCAGCUGAUUCUGAGCACAACAAACUUAAAGCCAGUCAAGCAAGGGACUUGUUAUCAAAAAUGCUGGUUAUAGAUGCUUCUAAACGAAUUUCUGUGGAUGAAGCCCUGCAGCACCCAUACAUCAAUGUCUGGUAUGAUCCAUCUGAAGCAGAAGCACCUCCACCAAAGAUACCAGACAAGCAGUUAGAUGAAAGAGAACACACAAUAGAAGAAUGGAAAGAGUUGAUAUACAAGGAGGUCAUGGACCUGGAGGAAAGGACCAAGAAUGGGGUUAUACGCGGACAGCCAGCCCCUUUAGGUGCAGCAGUGAUCAAUGGUUCUCAGCAUCCAUCUUCAUCAUCAUCUGUCAAUGAUGUGUCUUCAAUGUCAACAGAUCCAACAUUGGCCUCCGAUACCGACAGCAGUCUGGAAACAUCAGCUGGACCUCUGGGUUGCUGCAGAUGACUACUUGGUCUUUUAGGGGGGAGGGAAGGGGGAUCCUUUAGUCAUUGAUAGGGCACCUUUAAGAAAAUCAGUGGUAUUAUUUUUGAGUGGUUUUUUUCAAAAAUGAUGGUAGGGUUCAUUUUAAAGUGCUGUAAUUUUAAACUGUAAGUUGUGUUAAAAGCAGCCAAAAAAUGUAUUUUUUUCUGUAAUUAAUUCUGUAAAAUAUUAAACCUGAUAAUUUUAUCAUGGUUUUAAAAAUCUGCAUAUUUGCUUUACUAUUAUGCUGCUGAUCUUUUUUACUGAAUUUUAAGAUUUGUUUUAUCAAAGCACAUAUUAAUGUUGUGUCUCUACCCUGUCAUGUAGUAUUUAAGAUUUCAUAGGUUUUUUCAAUUUUUAUUAGAAUUUUUUCCAAAUGUUUUGUUCAUGAUUAUCCUUCGAAGUUAUAUGCGUGGUCAUUUGUCCUACCUACCUACAAGACAAAAUAAUUAAUUGUAGCCAAUUAUAGCUUCAAGUGUAGCUACUGUAGUGGUAGCAGCAAAUACAGAAUCUUUUCAAUCUGUCUACUUGCUUAUAAGAAUUGAAUGAAAGCAGCCAUUAGUGAGUUUUGUUAGGGAAAUCGUUUGUGACCCUUGGCAAAGUCACCUCAUCUGAAAGGCAGUAUAAACAUAAAGCAAAGCAUAUCUUUAAAGCUGCAGACCUCUCCAGCCUGCCAAAAGGAGAUGGUAGCAGUACUGUGGCAUGCUGAAGCUUCUGAUCACAUAAAACAAAAAGAGGAUACUUCAUGAAUAAUACAUUGCAAUGCAAAUAAACUGUUUACUUCCAUUAGCUAUUAGCCUGUUUUUGUACAUGCAAAACAAGGUGUACCCAGAAUAUCUAGAUUGCCAGCAGGGAAAACUCUAGCAGUAGUUACACUUUCACAUAGCACGUGGUUCUUUGGCGUUCAAUUUCCUUCUGAUUUCUAUGUUAGGGGAGGGCAGUUCUGUGUUGGGGGUAUUUAUGGAAAGCUACAGCUUCAACCACUCUUUCUUUACCCAAAAUAAUUUGGUCCUGUAAGCCAGUCAUUAGUGAGAGAACCUCAGGUUGUAAGACUUCUGUAGCUGGCUCGUUGAGAGCAGUGUAUGCCGUGGUAGUGGAGAGAAAUAGCAUUGCUGGAUAAAUAGUUUUUCUCUUACUGUACUACCCAGAUCAGCAUAGCAGAAAUCUUAAUAAUGGUUCUUUUUAAGACAUGAAUGUUCAGUAUCAUUCAGCAUUGAAGCCCCACCUGCCAAUGCUCUUUAAAAAUAAAUAUAUAGAUCAGUUGCUAAGUAGUCAUGUAAAAUGGUGCUGCUCCUUACAAAAGUAUGUUAACUGUUUACAUUUUAUAUUUACAGAAUGAUUUGUGUGAACUGACUGAGUUUCAUUAUGAAUGAGUAAAACAGUCAUCCAAAGUUUCCUUUGAAAAGUGCAGAUAUCUCAUGAACUUAAGCUAUUAUUGAUCACUUUGUGUAGACAAAUACUUUGUAUAGUGAAUUAAAAUGUGAAGAGGGAUUUAAAUUGGUGACACCAACAAAAAGAACCUGUAAAAGACAAGCAGAAGAGUCUUGCCAGGAACAAAGCCGAAGAGAAUGAAUAGGAGUAGCUAUUGAGAUCAUCCAAGAAUGAAACUAACGCUGCUCAAUUUUUGUUCCCUUAACAUUUUUUGGAUAGAUAGAAUAAAAAUCCUUUUUAAAUGUAUAACUGGAAGAGGGAAAUAUUGCCUUUACCCACUUUAUCUUCCCAAAUUGUUUUACUUGUUUCAAUAGCUAACAAGUCUUUUUGGUUUUGUUUUUUUUUAAAGAAGGGGUUUUAAGAAAUGGUAACGUCUCAAAGAAAGCUGGCCAUCAUUUGUUAAAGUGCAGAGUUGUAUUUUUGUUGCCUUGCUAGGCUGCUGUUAAGUGAUAGUGGUGUGUAGUUCUGUUGUUCUUGCAUAUAUCAGAUAUUUCAGCAGCGAUCUAUAAAUCAUAUACUUAAGGCAAUUGUUUUUAUAGAAUCCCACCAAACUGUAUGUUCCUAAAAACUGAUAGGCCAUCGAAUGGGGAUUGGAGCAUAGCAUACUUUUUCUUGUUGUAUUUGAACCAACAGGGACAGUUUAUUUUAUGUCUAUCAAAUUUUAAACUGUGGCAUAAAGCCAACUGUAUUUUGUCAUGAUUACAAGAUAACGUCAUUAUAUAGGCCCAGAUUAUGUUCUGGUACAUUAUUAUCUACAGGUAAUGAAAUUACUACUGGUUUGUGUCAGUGUAACACAGCAGAAUUUGCCCCAAUCACGCUUGUUUUAGCUGAAUUUGGGAAUGGUAGUCCUCUCUGGUUUCCCCACAUUAGAUUCCAGUUCACUUUAUUGCGCUUAUUUAAGUGCUCUUGACUGAGUAAGACAUUUUAUUGGCUUUCCCCAUCUUUGAUUUCUCCAGUGCAGCCCACAGUAGGUACUGAAAAGAGAAGAGAACAUUGAUAGAACAAGAGACGACUUCAGUCAGGAUGGGGCAUACCUGCACUCUAGUCCUCCUUGGUCCCACCUUGCUAGUAAGUGUGUAGAUAAUUGCAGUCUGUAUUUUAUACAAAUUAGGUGCCCAUUGCAGGCUCUGGCAAAUUUCAAGUGAUGCCUACUAAGCCAGGCAGCAUUAGAGCGCUGCAAUUUUAAGCCAUUGCAACAGUUGGCUAGUCUGAAUUCACUGUUUAGUCAGUGAAAUUCAUUUGAUCUUUCACGGACCAUUGCAUUUGGAUGCAAACAGUAAGCAGGUGGGUAGCUAGAACAGUUCUGUUUUGUUCUUUAGAAUUGUCCUGUGCAUUGCUGUUCUUGCAUUAUGUAGGUAUAUGUUGAAUAUACAGGAUGCUUUUUGAUGUGCUAUAGUUUAUUAUUUUGAUAAAUAGUUCCAUGACAUUUCCAUCCUAACAGCCUGUGCUAAAAGAUUCACAGCUCUUCCACCUGUAAGACUUCAGCUGAUAGUAAAUGAAAAUGACCCACAGCUAAUAUUCUAUGUAAAUUGAGAUGGACACAUGCCCACUAAGAACUAAAUAAUUUCCCAUGCUUUCUAGUUAGUUGCAGCAAGUCCCAGGACUGAACAGACAAGUCCUUCUAGAAGGGGUUCUUUCAGGUCAGUAUUAAACAAACAUACUGCUAGGGAGAAGUUGGUGCUGCCUUUGCCUCUGCUUCUAUCCAUUUCGUGUGUAGAGGACUUAGCCAGUGCAACACACGGAGGAAGACUGUCUUUAUCUUUAUCAUCUUAUAUAAACUUCUGUGUGUUUAAAUCAGCUGAAGUUAUACCAUAGUGGUGAUUGGUUUAAUAACCCUAUAUGCUAACAGAGAGAGGUCCAGGCUUACUGUUUGCAUCCAAAUGCAAUGGUCCGUGAAAGAUAAAAUGCCAAGGAAUAUGUUUAGGCUCGGUGUGUCUAGUUUUCCUGGCUUGAGCAUUGAAGUAGUCCGGAUGGAUUGCCAAUAUCUGAAUAUUUUCUAAUCUGCUUUCUAGCAGUUUCUUUUAUUGUGUUGGCUCUUUGUGUAUUCAGUUCAGUUGACAUUCUUUUCCCUGUCUAGUUGUAGCAAGUUUGAAGAUGGUGAAUGGAGAUGAAUUAGAGAUGACCUGCAUUUUUCAGUAAGAUUAGAGAAGUUCUUAAUGGAGGAAUAUGUUGUAUUUGUAACUUUUCAAAUUUUCCAGCUCACUUAAUUGCUCUUACAUAAGUGCUCCUUAAUUAGUUUCAGUAAGACAUUUUAUUGGCUUCCCCCACCUUAUAUUUCUCUGCAUUACAGAGAUUUUCUUUGAAUAAGGUAAACUUCACAUAUUUCCACUGCCACUGCUGAACAGUUAAACUAGUUUAUUAUUGAACUACCUCACACAAACUUUCUAUGUUUUCUUGAGAAAAUAGAUCUAACCUUCACUAUUGGAUCUACCCUGAAUGUGAAAUACAAAGUACAUUUCCCUUUUUAAACAGCCCAACCUUUUGGCCAAUGUUGAGACAAUACCAGUAAGUAUGUAUCAUGUAUACUUCCCGUAAGAUGUUCAUGUGUAAUUUAUAGCUCACGUACAAUAAUGUACAUCCAGAAAAUUGUGUUAGAUGUAAAUUGGUGAAUUUAUUAUUGUGGUCUGGUUUUGUAGGUAAAAAUAACUUAACUAGUAAUAUCAGUCCAUCCUUUACAUUUUACAAAAGGAAUGAUUCGUGGUAAGCUUUGCAUAGAGAUGAAUUACUUUUGUAGGCCCAAUAUCUAGUCUAUUUUUGAGAGUUCUUAAACUUUUAACUUAUUACUAAAGUUGAGCAAAACUGGCUGAAUUCUCGUGAUCACUCCCUGAGCCCUUCUUGUGGGGACACUGAUGUGUAUUCUGUCCUGGGAAAUAUGGAGGGGAAGGAUACACACCUUUUAAAUAUGGAAAAAUUACAGUUCGUUUUCUUUCCCACUUGCCAUCCUCCCCUCCCCCUGUUCCUUUUUGCCCCUCCCCAAUAAGCCACUGGUGAGGAAAUACUGAGAUCAUUGUGGUUUUUCUCAUCCACGCCAUCCGUCAUGACACGUGCACCACUGGAAUGUAUACAUCGUUAUCGAGUAUGUCAAUUGGGUAUAAUGAUAUUUUAAAUAAAAAAGGAUAAAACGUUGUUUAAUGACCGCUCUGUCGUUAGUGUUUCUUCAUUGCAGCUCCGGAGCACUGAGGUGUCGUGUGGUGGAUUUCAUAGGACAGCUGCCACUUCACGCGUGUUUGCCUCAGUCAGUUGUGGGGGAGGGGGAGAGCUCUGUUCUUUGUGGUGCCCCCAGGUCUGCUAGGGUGGGCAUGCCAGCCUUUUUGAUGGCCCGGUCCAGACCUGUCAGUCACUGGUAGCAGAAGACUCCUUCACUCCCUGCUCUCCUGUUGGAGGCUUUCAGUGCGAUUCGGUGACCGGCUACUCUGAGGCCCAGUUCCUGCCCUGGGCUACACACCUGGCCCCCAGCAGAACUGUCCCUGCACUUGCCUGAGGCAAGAGCAGCGACAUUUUUGCAGCUCCUUCUCUGUAGUCCUCUGUCAUGUGUCUUGUAUGGGAGCAACCUCUCCUGCUGAGUGUCCUGGUCUGGGCAGGGAUGGAACGCUUGAACAAAGGAGGCUGCCUCUUCUAAACAGUUCCUUCUUCAGUCUCUGUUGGAGGAGUGCAGCAGGUGGAAGGUGGUACUGAGCCACUCAAACCCACACCUGCAGCCACGCUCCUGGCCAGAGCGGACACUGGCCCCAACAUGGACCCUAAUGUCAGAGCGCAGGUCGGGUCUUUGCACUAAUCGGCCACCGGCAGCUUCCUUGCUGCUCCCCCAGGCAGUAGCUCCCAGGACUCAGGCUCCUGUCUUAGGCAAGCUGGGCCCUGGCCUUAGGCUUUGUGCAAGGCCCUUUCUCACACACCAGCCCACUCUUUGGACCUGCCUCCUUGAGAACCUCUCAGAUAUUCUGGUGAGUGGGGCUCCCUGCCCUGCAGCGGGAGAGCCCCGUGCCAGUGCCAUGGAAAGACAGCAAAUGAAAUCCGUCCCCUAUUGUAAUGCAGCGCUCUGCUUUCUCUUCCAGCGCAUCCAGGGAGAGUGGCUGAAACAGAACGAGAGAUUUCUUAGUGCAACUGCUGUGCGUGUAGAAUGGGGGGAGAGUAUUUGGAGGGGAAAAGUGAAAGUUGGCAUUAAUCUAGUUUCUGUCACUUGAGUAAAGCGUAUGGGGACACCUGUAUUAGCGGCAUGUCCUCCAAGGAAACUCUGGUAACUUCAUGAUGAGUGCUGUUAAAUUUAAAUAGCAUUAGAAUACAUUUUUAGCUGGUGCCAAGUAAUUGAGAGAUGAUGAAACCAGGCCUGAGAGUCUAAUCUCAGCCUAAGGAUUUGGCUUUGGUUUUGGUGAUGUCUAGUCACAUAGUUCCAGAUCUGAACAUACAUGGCUGUGGUUUAGCUGAAAUCAAGACCUCGGGUUUAGUUUUGUUUUGUUUUGUUUUGCAAGCCAGCAGUGCUGCGAACCCUUGGAGAUUGUAGUACCUGCUGUUGUUUUUAAUCAUCUUUGCUCUUCCUUUAGCUCGGUUAAAAUGGACGUGGGAGGGCGACCGCACAGAGAUCCCUUAUACAUUUCGGCUCAUAUCGCCGCUCAUGAACAGGCUGGGCUUCUCAGUAAAUCAAAGUAAAUCAUCAACAAGAAGAACACGUCUAGCUUGCUGCUCUGCAGGGGGCAGGCAUCUUUGGUUUAGAGAUUUUUUUCCCCCUGCUUACUCCUCCCUUGACUAUAACAGAUUUUGAUAUAAGGAUAAGGGAAGGGAGAUAUUCUUGCAUGAUGAGUGAGCCGUGCUUUGGGGAUGGGGAAGCUCAUUCUCUGAAGUAUUAAACUCCUGUCAAAUGUCAUUAGUUCUAGGCGUGACUAUCAGCGUUGUAAUGAUCCUGCUAGAAACAUCACAAGCAAGGAACUGAACAUAGCCGUUCUGCCACUGGCCGAGUGUCCGUUCCGCCCUGGGACUCACGGAACACCCUUCUUCCUGAGUUGCAGCAGCUUGGCCUUGUUGCUUCAUGCAGAUUUUUUGUGCCAAGGUAUUUGCCGUAUUGUU